UGACACCCUUGCAGAGACAUUCCAAAAAAAUUCAAAAAAUAAAAACCUAGAAGAAAGAGCCCACACACCCUCCCCGCACCUCACAAACCGAAGAAACGACACCAGCCCCCCAGUAAACGCUGGCUCCGAAUCCACUCUAAAUUCAACCAUAACCCUAGAAGAGCUAACAAACAUUCUCCGCACCACCAAAAAUUCCGCUCCUGGUCCUAAUAACAUACCUAACAAACUAAUAAAAGAAUUGCCACAAAUCGGUACCGAGCAUCUCCUCAAGAUCUGCAACUCCAUUUGGGUACAUCAAGUAUUCCCGGACAACUGGAGGAAAGCCACGGUUAUACCCAUACCCAAACCAGGCAAAAAUAAAAACAAACCUGAAAGCUACAGACCGAUUGCUUUAACAAACUGCAUUUGUAAAAUAUUAGAAAAAACAAUUAAUAAAAGGCUCAGAUGGUUCCUCGAAUCGAAUAAUAUGCUGUCACCUAACCAAUACGGAUUUAGACAGCACCGCUCGACCACCGACGUACUGUUAAAUCUAGAGACAAGCAUAUGCGAAGCAUUUCUAAAGAACGAAUUCCUCAUUACAGUCUGUUUAGAUAUCGAAAAAGCAUACGACUCAAUACCAAGGACCACAAUCAACAACGCCCUUACCAAAACUGGACUAAACGGCAAUAUAUUAGCUUUCAUAAAAAAUUUCCUUACAAACAGAACCAUCCAAGUGAGAACAAACGGAACCCUCUCCAAACCAACCAUCAUACACAACGGAGUACCACAAGGUUCGGUAAUCAGCGUUACGCUUUUCUUGAUAGUAAUCAACGACGUUUUAAAUAACAUCAAGCCGCCAAUCCAAGGAACCCUGUUCGCGGACGAUCUAACAAUAACCUGCAGCGGGAAAAGCCUAAUCACCAUCAUUGAGCUCCUACAGGAAAGUAUAAACGACCUCCUGUCAUGGUCCGAGAAAUCAGGCCUCAAAUUUUCCCCCCUAAAAACAAAAUACAUCAUCUUCUCUAGAAAACGCAAGAGAACCAUACUUCCCCCUAAGCUUUAUAUACGGAACACUGAAAUCGAAAAAGUAAACAGCAUCAGAAUACUUGGACUCAUCUUUGACCAUAAACUAACGUGGGGGCCACACAUGAAAUACCUAAAAACCACAUGCUCAAAAAAAAUGAACAUCAUAAAAGCCUUGGCAAAUAAUAGCUGGGGAGCUGACCAAGAGAUUAUCAUACAAACGUACCAGGCACUAAUUAGAUCCAAACUCGACUACGGGUCAAUAGUUUACUCGGCUAAACCCAACACCCUGAAAACAAUCGACUCAAUUCAUAAUGCCGCCCUACGAAUAGCUACUGGAAGCUACAGGACCAGCCCAAUAAAUAGCAUACUAUUUGAAUCAAAAAAACCUUCACUAGAACAAAGAAGGAAAUACCUAAGCCUAAAAUACGCAGCCAAAAUGUCCUCCAUCCCAAUAAACCCCACAUACAAUAACAUAUUCACAAAUAGAUAUACUCACCUACAAGCUAAAAAACCCAAAUCCCCGAACCCAUUCUAUGGAAGAAUUGCCAAAUACGAUAGCUUCACCGUGAUCACAUCGACUCCAACCAUUCCACGUAAAUAUAGGAAAACAGCUCCUUGGACCCUAAAAAUCCCAGAAACCAACGUUGAUCUCGCAAAACUUCCCAAAAACCAAACAAGCAGCAUUGAACACAGAUUAAACUUCCAACAACUGUGCAACAAAUAUCCCAACCACCAAACGAUAUACACCGAUGCAUCAAAGACCGACCAGGCAGUCGGUGCCGCCAUCGUCACGAACAACACGACCAAAAAGUUCCACCUUCCAGCAGCCUCAUCUAUCUUUACAGCAGAAGCUUGGGCAGUUCUUGAGGCCCUUAACUAUAUACGAAAUAACAAUCUCCAAUCUUCUAUCAUCAUUACAGAUUCCAUGAGCGUAACCAUGGCAAUAGCAAACAUAAAUUGCGAAACCAAACACGAAGUCAUCCUAAACAUUCAAUAUACCUAUACGGACCUUAUCAAUAACGGCAAACAAAUAUCCCUAGUCUGGGUUCUAUCUCACCAAGGUAUUAAAGGAAACGAAGCAGCUGACACAGCCGCUAAAGAAGCAACAGCACUUCCGCCAGACGACAACCGCAGACAAGUCCCAUACCAAGACCUCAUUGUCACAUUACGCCAUAUCGAACAACAAGCAUGGAAUAAAAUAUGGAUCACCUCUAAGAAAAUAAAAACACACGACGUUACCAAAGACUUCUACCAAACAAUGCCUAGCAGCAAUAUGAAACGGAAAGACAGGAUAGUCAUGGCCAGGCUGAGAACAGGUCACUGCAGACUUACACACGAUUACCUAAUUAAAAAAACGGAACCACCAAUGUGCAUCACCUGUAAGAAAAACAUCACCACCAACCACCUACUAUUCGAAUGCAGAAGACACAACACCCAAAGACAAAAAUACGGAAUAACAUCGACAGAAGUCCUCACAACUCAGAAACUUGUAGAAAAUACCCUAAACUUCCUAAAAGACAUUAACAUCUACCAUAGUAUAUAA